GGGGGGGGGAAUUUCCCGAUGUCCUCAGUUCAUUGAGUAACAUCUUCUCAUCCCACCAAACAGUACAGAGCUGCUGCCGUGAACACUGAGGAACAUUUCGCGGUUAGGAUCAUCUCUACAGGCUGCUUGCUGAGAAACCAGGAAGUCAGCAUGAGCUCUCUGUCUUCUGACAGGAAGCCUCUGGUGGAUUACGGCGUUCAGAUCCGCUUCAUCAAGGACCUCCAUGACACAGGUGGCGGUUUUCCUGAUAAAACCAAAGUGAACAGCAGUACUGCAACCCCUCCUUCCAGUAAAUACGGGGUGGCAGUGCGCGUUCAGGGAAUAUCUGGACAGCCCUAUGUGGUGCUGAAAGAUGGCCAGAAAGGUGACUCGUACGGAGUUCAGCUCAACACUCCCACCACCAGCUCAGGGCCGCCUUCACCGUGCAACAGCCUCCCCAAAACAAAUAAAGAAGCAGCAGAAUUAACAAACCCCUAUAGCACUGCUGUGAACACAGCACGCUCCCCUGUUGUUUCUCCAGUGCAGGAUGAUGUUGGGGAGAUUUUUGGGAGCCCACAUAAAAGACCUCCAGGGGAUGGGCAAGCAGGAACGCAAGGGGAAGAGGAGGGUGGAGCUGGCAGACAGAGAGAGAGGUCAAAAACUGAAUUCCGACUCAAACCAACAGCAAGUGACCCAAAAGAGAACAACAGAGAUAGGACUGAUGAGGAGUAUAACGAAGCAGGGCUGAAACGUGUCAAAUUAAACGGUGUGACACCCAAAGGGGUCCCAAAACCUGUCUCUGGUUACACUGGCUCUUUGGGGAGAUACAGUGGGAAGAAACAGAUCAAUGAGUCCCCUUCAGAGUUGUUUCCUGAACCUCCAGUAUCAACUAAUGAGGAGCCCAUCCCAGUGAUCGACACAAACUCCCUGGCUCCCAUCAACAAGCUCAUCAGUAAGUUCAACAGCGGGACGCCGGGCAGUGCCCCACAGACGAGGGGCCGCUCUGGGGCAAGGCAGAGGCUCAGGUUUGACGAACGCCGGCGAUCAAGAAGUCUUGAUGCUAGAAAAGAUGUACAGGCUGAGGUUCCCUCUCCUAGCUCUCCCACUUUUAAUCCCUACGCUAUGCCUCUAUCCACCUCCUCCUACUCAUUGGUGUCAUCUGCCCCAGUGAGCAGUAGCCUGGGAAGCAGCACUGCAUCCAAGGGGACGGUGCUCGAGUCCCUGAAGCCGAGCUUUAAGUCCCCGGGGACGUUUGUUGCCAAGAACACCUAUCCAGCUUUAGCAAAAAAGCCUGAGAUAUCGCUGAGGAGUCAAAUCAAAGAGGUCACCAAUGGGGAGGAAGCUCAAAUGAAGCAGGCGAUUUACAACAUCCUUAAACAGGGCACCAGUGAGAGUGAGGGAUCUCUGAAAAGAAAGGUCAACCUCGUCUAUGACACAACUGGCAGUUUUAAGGAUGGAGGAUCUGAUGGGAGCUACAAAAAGGAGAACAUGGAGGAGCUUCUGGAGCAACUCAAACGCUGCAAGAAAGAACUGCAGCAAGUCCACAAUGAUCUGGCCGAGGAGCGCAUGGCCAGAGAGGGGGCGGAGUCUCGUGUGCGCCGACAGGAAGAUCAGCUGGCUGAGCUUCAGGAGGAUCUGAGGAGGGUUUCAGAAGAUUCUCCCCACUCUGACUCUCUGCAGACGGAUGUGAUGAGUCUGCAGGCCGACCUGGCUGAGGCUAACAUGUUACGAAGGCGCCAGGAGGAGCUUCUACACCAGCGGGAGCGGGAGCUGACCGCCCUGAAGGGGGCACUGAAGGAGGAGGUGGAGUGCCAUGACAGAGAGAUGGAGACUCUGAGGGAGCAGUACAGCCAAGAUAUGGAUAACCUGAGGACAACCAUGGAGCAGGUCACACAGUCCCAGGAGCAGAUAGAAGAGGAAAGGGAGAGGGUCAACACCUCCAUGUUUACGUUGGAGCAAGAACUGGACAACUGCAGAGAUCAGGAGGAGCAAUGGAAGACGCAGCUGGACGCUUCGACACGGGAGCUGAAAAACACCAGAGAAGAGAGCGGGAUGCACUUCAGCAGUCGAACGCUGCUGAAAUCCCAACUGGAGAAGAAUGAAUUUGAGGGGGAGUUGAAAGCUCUUCGGGACUCGCUGAAGAAACAAUUUUCUACCUCUGACGAUAACUUAGCAGAGGAGCUCCAGCGUUGCCAUGAUGAUCUGAAGCGUGCGCGUACCGAUCUAGACAAGCAAAACAGCGAGUUAGACGCAAAGAGAGAGGCACUUGAAGCCCUGAAGAAGGCGAGUGGAGACAAAGAGGCUGAGCUUCUGUCUGAACUCAGCAAGUUGAAGGAGCAGUCGCAGAAAGACAAGGCCGAACUGGAAAAGGCGAAGGAGUCGUCUGUCGGGUCUUCAGGAAAGAGUGUGGUGGACUACGGCACCAACUUCGAGCUCCAGGAAGCGAACACUCGCCUCAGAGAGAGGCUGGCCCGCAUGUCGAGGCUUCACUCCAGCACUCCCCGGAGCCCAGAGACGGAGGAGGCGGUGGAAGUUCUGGAGGAUGAGAACCGCUCCCUGAAGACUCAGCUGGAGGAGGCCAGGAGGGGAGUCACCCGCCUGAGCAAGGAGAGGGACGAGCUUACCCGGCGGCUGGAGGAGAGAGACCUGGAGAGGGAGGCACUGAGGAGGGGCAAAACGGACCUUGAGGAGCAGAAGAGGCUGCUGGACCGAGCCCUGGAGAAGAUCAGCAAAGAGAUGGAGAUAAUGAUGGGAGAUUCUCGUCAGUCGGUGGCCGCCCUGCAAUCACAGCUCGAAGACUACAGGGAGCGCACGAGGAAGGAUCUGCUGGAAGCCCAGCGCAACAGCAAGGACAGGCUGGCUGAGCUGCAGAGGGCUCAGAGCAACCUCAAGGCCCAGCAGGAGGAGGUUUCCCGUCUAAAGAAGGAUCUGCUAGUGUGCAGCGAGGAGAGAGACAGCGCCCAGUUGGAGAGAGACCUCCUUAACAACCGGCUCAAACAUGUGGAGAGUGAGAUAGAAUCAGAGAAGAGCACACACACUGACCGCAGCAGGGAGAUCAGGGGCCUAGAGGAUAAAAUCAAGACAAUGGAGAUUGAGCUGGAUGAGGAAAGGACGAGCGUGGAGCUUCUGAACGACCGCAUUACACGUAGCAGAGAUCAGGUUGACCAGCUUCGCUCAGAACUCAUGCAGGAGCGCUCAGCAAGACACGACCUGGAGAUGGACAAGAGUGCAAUUGAAAGACAGCUGAAAGAGUUGAGGUCCCGUGUCGCAGACAUGGAGGGACAGACCCGGCCCUCACCUGGACUCAGCCUGCUGGAAAACAAAAUUCAAGAGUUGGAAGAGAGACUACGCAGUGAAGAAAGAGAGAAGGCCAGCAUUCAGGCCUCUCAGAGACGGAUGGAGAGGAAACUGAAAGAGCUAAACGCCACAUUGGACCAGGAGAGAAGCCAGCAUGUAGAGCAGAGAGAUCAGCUGUCUCUGCGUGUGAAGGCCUUGAAGCGGCAGGUGGACGAGAGCGAGGGAGAGGUGGAGCGAUUGGAGGGAGUGCGCCGGAAGGUCCUCCGAGACUUGGAGGAGCAGCAGGAGCUUCAGGAGGCAAUGCAUGCCAAAGUCUCAGCCCUGGAGACUGAACUAAAGCGGAAGUCACAGAAAACGCAUCGCAGCGCUCUGGGCUCCUCCACUUUAAGCUCUGAGGAUGAGGACGGUUUCUAUGACACCAACAUCACCUCCAUCCUCAACGAGAGCCACCUACAGACCAGCAACUGCUAGAGGAAGAUAAAUUAAAAAGACCUAUAAAAAGAUCCUUUUUUUCUUCUCUCCAGCGCAAACACUUAUGAGAUUUGUUUCAGAGAGUGGAACUCAGGGCAUCAAGGGGUGUGAAGAACUCGGUUGCCAUGCACUACAAACUUGCCUUGCAAUCUUUCUUGAGAGUUAUUUUUAGUACAGCGGUCUAACAGAGAGAGGUUGUCAGGAUAAUUAGAUUUCAUUUUAUGAGCCUUCAGCUGUGAUUAUGGUUUCUGUCGUGUUUUUUCUGUCUUGAGAUCUUCUGUUAGCUGUUAUGUUGAGAGGAUGAAUUACAGGUAUAGUUAUAAAUACAAGGUUUUACUUCAACUUGAAUCUUUUCAAAAAGACUCUUUGCUGUGUGUAUGUAAACUACUGUGGUAGCAUAUUACUGUAGCAUGGUUCAUGUUCACUAAACUUGCAAAUUCAAACCUUUUAAACCAAAAAAAUUACUUCAUAAGAUAUAUUUCUUUCCUGUUGCUCCAGUCAAAUAUCUGUGUUUGCUUGUGCAUGAUAAGUUACACCUGUCAGUGUUUCUUCGUGUUUUGAAAGUGACUUUAUGUUUUUGUUUUUUAAAAUGUGACAAGGGAACAUUUAAACUGACCCUAUAUUUUUACACUGUAAGAGCUUACCUGUUACUCAAGACAAUCAAAUAUGCGUACAGUAGCACUGUGUAUCCUCAGAGAUGAAUCUUUUCUCUAUGAACCUUUGUACUUUAACCACUGUAUUUCUGAUGUGGGUUUAUAUAUUGUUAAGCUUCAUUCAUGUGCAUGUUUUCACUCAAAUGCCUUAAAAAAUCGAUUCAUAUCUAUGUUGUCUCUGCAUGUAUUCUGUGUAAAUGCUGCUGCUGUAAUGGUUUAAGUAGUACACAUUUCUCUUUGUUGGAACUGGCUUGUAUGAAUGUAUAUUUUAAUAUCCAAAUUACAUUUU